CCAAAAUGUCGGUUAGUAGGUGAAUGGAUAAACAAACUGCAGUUCAUUCAACCUGUAGAAUAUUAUUCAGCAUCAAAAAGAAAUGAGCUACCAACCCAUGAAAAGACAUUGAGGAAAUCUAAAUGGAUAUUACUAAGUGAAAGAAGCCAAUCUGAAAAGACUACAUACUGUAUGAUUUCAACUACAUGGUGCUCUAGGAAAAGCAACACUGUGGAGAGAGUAAAAAAAUCCAUUUACGUUGGGUUCUAGGGGAGGGAGGGAGGUAUAAAUAAGUGUAGCACAGGGGAUUUUUAGGGCAGUGAAACUACUUUGUAUGACACUAUAAAGGUGAAUACACAUCAUUUUUAAUUUGUCCAAAGCCAUAGAAUAUACAGCACCAAGAGUGAGCCCUAAUGUAAACUAUGGACUCCAGGUUAUAAUGACAUGCCAAUGUAGAUUCAUCAGCUGUAGCAAAUGAACCACUCUGGUGGAGGAUGUUGAUAAUGGGUGAGGCUGUGUUUGUGUGGGGACAGGGGUAUAUAUGAAAUCUCCAUACUUUACUCUCAUUUUUGCUGUGAACCUAAAACCAUUCUAAAAAUUAAAGUCUACUUUUAAAAAACUGGAGAACUUACUUCAUAGAUAACAAAACUCAUGGUAAAGCUAUAAUAAUUAACACAAUGAGUUAUUAUAGGAUAAACAAGAUUGAAUAAAACAUCUUCAGAGCUAUGGUUACCUAAUUUAUAACAAACACGACAUUUCAAAAACAAUGGAAAAUGGAUUGUUUUUUAAAUAGAUGGUGCAAAGGUUUAAGUCAUUCAGACACUUAUAUUUUAAAACUUUUGACUCCAACCUCAUUCACUUGAAAAGUUAAUUUCAGGUUGAUUAUAGCUCUAAAUGUGAAAAGUGGAAUAAUUAAUCUUCCAAAAUACAUCAUAUAAGAAUAUUUUCAUGACCUUGGAGUAUGUGAACAUUUAAAUAGAACACAAAAAAUGCUAAUCGUAAAUGAAAAAUUAUUGACAAAUCUGACUAAAGUGAAGAAAUUGUAUUCAUCAAAGACACAUAAUAGACCUGAAAUAUAAACCAUAGAGUGGGAAAAGAUAUUUGCAAUACAUAUAUCUGAAAAAGGACUUAUACCCAGAAUAUAUGAGAAACUUCUGCAGAUCAAUAAGCAAACAGGCAAAUGCCUCCCCCCAAAAAAGUAAAAAGGUUUGUGUAAGCCCUUCACAGGAUUGUAUCCUAAUGGCCGAUAAACAGGAAAAUGUGCUCAAAUUGUUUAAUCACUGGGGAAAAUGCUAACUAAAAUUACAAUAUGAUAUCACCAAACACUAACUAGAGUGGUUUAAAAUGGAAAAGAUAGCAUCAAAUGUUGACAAGAAUGUGGAGCAACUGGAACUCUCAUACUUUGCUGGUAUUAGUACAACUACUUGAGAAAACUUUCCGAUUAUCUGCUAAAGCAACAUAUAUGUGCACACCUUAAUGCACAGCAAUCCAACUCCUUUGAAAAUAUUCAACAUAAACACAUACAUGUAGUCACCAAAAGACUAGUACAAGGAUGUUUAUACCAGUACUACCCAAAAUAGUUUAAACUUGGAAAAAAAACAACGUUCAUCAACUGGAGAAUGAAUAAACAAAUCAUAGUAUAUUCAUACAACAGAAUAAUAAAAAGCAAUGAGAAUAAAACAAAUAAGAACAAGAUGCCACAGAUCAAUUUGACAAACAUAAUAUUGAGGAGAAGAAGCCAGACACAUGAGAGUAACAAUCUAUAACUCCAUUUGUAUAAAGUUAAAAAAAAAUAAAAAAACCUAUGACAACAGAAGUCAGGACAGUGCUUAUCUUUCGGGGAGAGGGCAGUAACCAGACAAUAGCAGGUGAGGACUUGGGUUUGGGUAGUAUUUUAAAUUUAGGUUCUACUUAUAGGAGUGUGUUCACUUUGCAAAAUUCAUUGAGUUGUACACCUAUCAUUUGUGCCAUUUUCUGGGUGUUACUGGUGUUUACUUCAAAGUAAAAGUAAUUUUUCUUAAACUUUAAAUCUCUAUAGCUAUUCAUGAUCACUUAUUUAAUAUAAUCAAAUAAGAAACACCAAAUAAAGUAUAUUUGUGUACUCAAGGGUACUUUUAUGGAGAUUAAUAUAUAAUUUUAGUUUUUUCUCAAAAGUAUUCUCUCACUGAAAAUUAACUCCACAACGUUUAUUUAGAACUUUCAGUAACUAAGAGCUGGAGAUACCAUCGGGAAAGCUUAUGUGACAAAAGGGUAUGGAUACACGUCAGGGUUAGAAUUUAGGAUGAAAUGGCAAAUACUAUAUGCAAUAGUAAAUUAGGACGCCUGGUGGCGCUGCAGGCUAAGAGUGUGGAUAGUGGGCUCUACGGAUAACUCAGGCGCCAUUAAGCUGAGAAAUCCAAAGCCUGAAUGCUUCCUAAAAGAAGGACGCAUUUUAGGUAAGAUCUAGUGGCUAGAUCUUCAGAGUGGGCGUCGUUCUUGUGGAAAUCGGUUAAGAAAGAUCGGAAUCGCGGUUAUUUAAGCAAAUCAUCUGGGUGGAUUGUAUACAGAGUUAAAGAAACUGCGCCUUCUGGACCGGGUCUGAACAAUGGAGACUGCGCUAGCAAAAACGCCACAGAAAAGGCAAGUUAUGUUUCUUGCUAUACUGUUGCUUUUGUGGGAGGCUGGCUCUGAGGCAGUUAGGUAUUCCAUACCAGAAGAAACAGAAAGUGGCUAUUCUGUGGCCAACCUGGCAAAAGACCUUGGUCUUAGGGUGGGGGAACUGGCCACUCGGAGCGCGCGAAUCCAUUACAAAGGAGACAAAGAGCUCUUGCAGCUUGAUAUAAAGACCGGCAAUUUGCUUCUAUAUGAAAAACUAGACCGGGAGGUGAUGUGCGGGACAACAGAACCCUGUAUAUUGCAUUUCCAACUCUUACUAGAAAACCCAGUGCAGUUUUUUCAAACUGAUCUGCAGCUCACAGAUAUAAAUGACCAUUCCCCAGAGUUCCCAGAGAGGGAAAUGCUGCUAAAAAUCCCAGAAAGCACCCAGCCAGGGACGGUGUUUCCUUUAAAAAUAGCCCAGGACUUUGACAUAGGUAGCAACACUGUUCAGAACUACACAAUCAGCACAAAUUCCCACUUUCAUGUUGCUACUCAUAAUCGCGGAGAUGGCAGAAAAUACCCAGAGCUGGUGCUGGACAAAGCUCUGGACCGGGAGGAGCGGCCUGAGCUCAGCUUAACGCUCACUGCACUGGAUGGUGGUGCUCCGCCCAGGUCUGGGACCACCACAGUUCGCAUUGUCGUCUUGGACAAUAAUGACAACGCCCCUGAAUUUUUGCGAUCACUCUAUGAGGUACAGGUGCCCGAGAACAGCCCCCUUAACUCCUUAGUUGUCGCUGUCUCCGCCCGAGAUUUAGAUGCAGGAGCGUACGGAAGUGUAGCCUAUGCUCUAUUCCAAGGCGAUGAAGUUACUCAACCCUUUGUAAUAGACGAAAAAACAGGAGAAAUUCGCCUGAAAAGGGCAUUGGAUUUCGAGGCAACUCCAUAUUAUAACGUGGAAAUUGUAGCCACAGAUGGUGGGGGCCUUUCAGGAAAAUGCACUGUGGCUAUAGAAGUGGUGGAUGUGAAUGACAACGCCCCUGAACUCACCAUGUCGACGCUCUCCAGCCCUACCCCAGAAAAUGCCCCAGAAACUAUAGUUGCUGUUUUCAGUGUUUCUGAUCCAGACUCCGGGGACAACGGUAGGAUGAUUUGUUCCAUUCAGAAUGAUCUCCCCUUUCUUUUGAAGCCCACAUUAAAAAACUUUUACACCCUAGUGACACAGAGAACACUGGACAGAGAGAGCCAAGCCGAGUACAACAUCACUAUCACCGUCACCGACUUGGGGACACCCAGGCUGAAAACCGAGUACAACAUAACCGUGCUGGUUUCCGACGUCAAUGACAACGCCCCCGCCUUCACCCAAACCUCCUACACCCUCUUCGUCCGCGAGAACAACAGCCCCGCCCUGCACAUCGGCAGUGUCAGCGCCACAGACAGAGACUCAGGCACCAACGCCCUGGUCACCUACUCGCUACUGCCGCCCCAGGACCCUCACAUGCCCCUCGUCUCCCUGGUCUCCAUCAACGCAGACAACGGCCACCUGUUCGCCCUCCGGUCGCUGGACUACGAGGCCUUGCAGGAGUUCGAGUUCCGCGUGGGCGCCGCAGACCGCGGCUCCCCGGAGCUGAGCAGCGAGGCGCUAGUGCGCGUGCUGGUGUUGGACGCCAACGACAACUCGCCCUUCGUGCUGUACCCGCUGCAGAAUGGCUCCGCGCCCUGCACCGAGCUGGUGCCCCGGGCGGCCGAGCCGGGCUACCUGGUGACCAAGGUGGUGGCGGUGGACGGCGACUCGGGCCAGAACGCCUGGCUGUCCUACCAGCUGCUCAAGGCCACUGAGCCCGGGCUGUUCGGCGUGUGGGCACACAAUGGCGAGGUGCGCACCUCCAGGCUGCUGAGCGAGCGCGACGCGGCCAAGCACAGGCUGGUGGUGCUGGUCAAAGACAAUGGCGAGCCUCCGCGCUCUGCCACCGCCACGCUGCACGUGCUCCUGGUGGACGGCUUCUCCCAGCCCUACCUGCCGCUCCCGGAGGCGGCCCCGGCCAAGGCCGAGGCCGACUCGCUCACCGUCUACCUGGUGGUGGCAUUGGCCUCGGUGUCGUCGCUCUUCCUCUUGUCGGUGCUCCUGUUCGUGGCGGUGCGGCUGUGCAGGAGGAGCAGGGAGGCCUUAGUGGGUCGCUGCUCGGUGCCCGAGGGCCCCUUUCCAGGGCAUCUGGUGGACGUAAGCGGCACCGGGACCCUGUCCCAGAGCUACCAGUACGAGGUGUGUCUGACUGGAGACUCAGGGACCGGCGAGUUCAAAUUCCUGAAGCCUAUUAUUCCUAACCUUUUGCCCCAGAGCGCUGGUGAAGAAAUAGGGAAAACUGCCGCCUUCCGGAAUAACUUUGGAUUAAAUUAGAGAUCUCGUUAUAACACAUUGUUUUCUGCCAUUUAUCCCAAACUUUUUCAGAUCUAGAAUUCGAGAGUGUCAUGGACAAAAAUUUCACCUUGAGAUUUAGCUUUUAUUUCCCUUUUUAAUGGAUUUGUCUGCUGAACUUUAUUCUGUCCAAGUAUUGAAAACUCAAUUUUAUUUCAUUGCAUUUGUUUACAUAGGGUCAUUCCAAAUCCAUGCAUGUUGUUGAUUUUCCUGAGAUAUUUUUCUCUUCUUGUUGGUACUUGUUGUGAUAAACCAUCUUAAUAAAAUCAAAUAUUAAUUUUAUUUUCUAUAUAUUCUAUCCAUUCUAUUUCAUGACACUCUUAAGUAUUAUAUAUUUGAUGCUAAAAUGCAAAAAUUAAAAAUGUUUCAAAUCAUUUUAUUUUAAUUAUUUAAAACAAAGACAAAUACAUACAUAUGCUAACAAAUAUGUGAAAAAAUGUGUAAAAGGCAGCAAUCUUCUAUUUACUCUUUUUUGCAGCCCUGAUUCCUAUUAGCAAACUUUUUAAAAACAGUUUAGUUGAAUUAUUACUUACAUGAAGAAAAGUGAACAAAUCCUUUAUGUUCAACUCAAUAUAUAUUCACAAAGUAACAUAUUUAGUACCAGCAACUUGAAGAGAAAAUGAAACAUCACUGGCACCCCAGGUGCCACACAAAUUACUCCUUACAAUCACUGCUAGCCCAAGUAUGGCAAAUAUGCUGACUUCCUAUACUAUAAUUUACAUAAACAGAGUAAUAGAGUAUGAACUGCUUGUGUCUGGCUUUUUUCACUCAGCAUUAUGUUUAUGAAAUUUAUCCAUAAUACAGCUUUUAAGUUUAGUCCUUUCAUUCUCAUUGCUGUAUAAUAUUCCACUGUAUGAAUAUACUACAAUUUAUUUUCUAUCCUUAGAUCAGUAUUUGGGAUAGGGCAAAGUUUGGCUGUUACGAAUUAUACUGCUAUAACCAUUAUUUUAACAUGCCUUUUGGCAACCUGUAUACGCAGUUUUGUUGGGUAUAUGCCUAGAAGUGGAAUUGUUGCCCAUCUUGUAAGUACAUGUUUACUUUUAGUAGACAUUUCCCAAUAGUCUUCCAGUGGUUGCACUAAUUUACACUGCUAUCCCCAGUAUCUGGAUGUACAAAUUUUUCCACAUUUCUGCCAACAAACUAGUAUUGUCUAUUUUUUCAUUUUAUCCCAUUGGCAAGCACUUUAUACAUUUUUAAAAGCUCUUCUUAUAUUUACUUUCUUAUCACUAAGGAAUAUGUUUGUAACUGUUAUGAGCUGAACUGUGUUCCCAAAUCCCCCUCAAAUUCAUACGUUGAAACCCUAACUCCCACUACCUCAGAAUGUGACUAUAUUUAAAGAUAGGCCUUUAAAAAAAGAGGUAAUCACAUUAAAAUGGGUCAUCAGGGCAGAUCUUAAUCCGAUAUAACUGCUGUACUUAUAAGACGAGGAGAUUAGAACAUAAAGAGAUGCCAGACAUGUGAACACACAGAGGGAUGCUUAUGUGAAGACACUAGAAGAAGAUAGCCAUCUACAAGCCAAAGAGAGAGGCCUCCAAAUGAAACCAACCCUGCCAACACUUUGAUCUUGGACUUCUAGAUUCCAGAACUGUGAGGAAAGAAAUGUCUGUUGUUUAAGCCACCCAGUCUGUGGUAUUUGUUACAGCACCCCUCGCAAACUAAUGUAGUAACUUUCACAAACUUUAGACAAUUUCCUAUUAAGAUUGCUGAGUAACUAGCACACUUAAAACAACUUCAAUCUUUUGUUUUUCAGAUAAAGCUAUAUUACCAUUUUUGGGUACUUCUCUGGUCAAACUGAAACCUCUCUUUAUUGUUCCAGUAAUAACAGUUUCAUUAGAUU